AUGAUGAUGAACGCUUUCAUGGACAGUGGUACGUCGGCGGCGCAUCACUCGCAUCUGGCCACCUUCGGCAUUAAGAUGUCACCGGAUCAUCUGGAGCAGAGCAGUGAGAUCGAGUCGUCAGCUAGUUCUGCGAGUAGUCCUAGUUCGAAUGGGGCUGGUUCGUCGUCGGGAACUAGCGGGAGUACCGGAACUGGAAGUGGAGCAACGGGAGGAGUGACCGCGUACAACUCCCACCACCUGUCACCGUCCUCACACGCCAUGUCCUCGCACGCGAUGGCUCCGUACCAUUCGCGGGACUUUUUGGCGUUGAAGCGCGAUAAUGACUACUUCAGUUCGGCGGCAGUGGCGGCCUCGGGGGCAGCUGCUGACCAUCCUUCGUCCUUGUUCGCGGCCGCUCACGAGAAUCCUUUGAACCCGCACGCGUCUCUCGGUGCCCACCACCCGUUUCAUGCCGGAGCCCACUCAAUGAGAGCGAUGGCCGCGGCAGGAUUAGCCUCGGCUGGGGACUACGCGCAUCCAUACCAUCAUGCGCAUCACGCACACCACCAGGGCAACUAUGCCUCGGCCAUGCACCAUCACCACCAGCACCAUCCGCUCGCUAACCUGCCCGUCAAUCCGGGCACUUCCGGGGCCUUCUUCCGCUACAUGCGCCAUCCACCGGCCAUCAAGCAGGAGAUGCAGUGUUUGUGGGUGGAACCGGAGUUGCCACCGCACCAUCACCAUCAUCAUCACCACCACCAUCACCAUCUGGGGCUCGGGUUGACGGCACUAGCGGCCAGUAUUGGCGGUGGCGGCGGAGGAGCUGGUGUGGAUGGCGGGAGCCGUAAGACCUGCAACAAGAUCUUCAGCUCCAUGCAGGAGAUCGUGACGCAUCUGACGGUGGAUCACGUCGGAGGUCCCGAAUGUACCACUCACGCCUGCUUCUGGCUCGGUUGCACGCGCAACGGACGGCCCUUUAAGGCGAAGUACAAGCUGGUGAAUCACAUCCGCGUGCACACGGGCGAGAAGCCGUUCCCGUGUCCAUUUCCGACUUGCGGCAAGGUGUUCGCACGUUCCGAGAACCUCAAGAUCCACAAACGCACCCACACCGGUGAGAAGCCGUUCAAGUGCGAGCACGAAGGAUGCGAUAGGCGGUUCGCUAAUUCAUCCGAUCGAAAGAAACAUUCACACGUCCAUACAUCUGAUAAGCCGUAUAACUGUCGUGUUAAUGGUUGUGAUAAAUCGUACACUCAUCCAUCAUCGCUGCGGAAACACAUGAAGGUCCACGGAAGUUUGGGUGACAAGUCCCCAUCUCACAACUACGACAGUGAUGGCGAGGAGUCCAGCUCCGAGAGCGUCAUCUCCGGCGGCACACAAACACCGCCCUCUAUCGGGCGGCUGCAUGACACACACGGCCAUGGCUCGCAUGGAUCCAGCAAGCUCAGUGCCGCCGCUGCAACCGCCGAUUGCAACAGCAGCAACAACAACAGCGCCAGCAGUAGCAAUAACAACAACACCAGCGUGAGCAGCAGCAGCAACAACAACAACAGCUCCUCCAAGUCCUCUUCGAGCCUGCUGUCGCCGCCCAUCAGUGGUAGUGGUGGCAACGGGGGUGGUGGAGCAGGAGGCGGUUCAAGUGGAGCGUCCUCUUCCACGUCCGGUGCACAUCUGGGCCAGAAUCAACACCUUAGCCUGCAUUCGUCCUCGUCGCAUCACUCACACCAACAUCACCUGGCGUCGCUGCAGAAUCAUGCGACGAGCCUUGCACCACCUCCACCUCAGUUGCCGCUAACUCCUGCCUCGUCCGUGUCCCCGCAGGCGAGUACACCAUCGUCGAUGUUGGUGGGGCAUCACCACAACCACCACCUGCUGUAUCACCACCCACAGCAUCACCCGAAUGAGUGGUACUCUCCGACGCCACCCGCCGGUCCGGACACGAUGAACCACCUGAACCACUUUAGCCACCAUCAUCAUCAUCAUCUGGUUCACCACGGGCCUACGACGGCCUAUUGAGACUAGCUGCUGCUGGAGGAGCUGUGCUUCAACUACUGAGCGGGGCUGUGAUGGUGGUGACAGACAGCAGUUUCUCCGAUCCGGAAAGAAGCGGCCCCUUUAGCGGCGCUCCAAUGCUCCAAUCUUCUCCCCAACAAACCUAAACAUGACAUACCAAAAAACCCCCAAAACGAAGAACGAUCUGUUCGAGUCCUCACGGCACCCGAGAAGGAGUCGCGCGAUCCCAAAUUGAUACCAUUUUGUGCCUGCUCGCAGCGCUAUGGCAACCCUAUGGCUCUCGAUUGUUCAGCUCACAGCUUGCGGCUAACCACCUGCACGGGUCAGAUCACUUGGCAGCCUAGUAUAGCUCUGGAGAUGUCUGACCGAGCGAGGUGGUCCAACGUUGCGACAAUGUGUUUGUUCGGUGCGAAAAUAUAUGCUACACGUUAUAUGUGUGAUACACUCUCCGCAGAGCCCUUCGAGGACUGUACAUAGCUGGAUGGCGAUGGGUCUGGAGGUUCCUGAUUCAGGAACCUGGACGUGUGCGAUCCACACUCCAGCGGAGUCGAGGAGCAGCGCGGUCUAUCGAUGUUUUAAACAAAGAUGCAAAGUUAGGUUAAAUGAGCGAUGUACUUACACGGUGUGUACAGUUGUUUAAGGCGAUAGUGCUUAAGAGUAUUUAAAUGAUGCGUAGUGAAAAUGUACCCCUAGACAGACAAGCAGGCAGCAGGCAAGGACACGACGACGUGAUCGUGGCGUUUAUAGUAAGGACCAAAUACUGAG